AUGACUAAGUGUUGCAUCAAUGGAUGUAAUUCAAAUUCUUGUAAAAAUGAAGAAGGAUUGUCAUUUUUCAGUUUCCCAAAGAAUAAAGGCCUACAAAAAUUGUGGAUUAAUAAUAUAGGCCAGGGAAACAUAAAACCUGUAGUUGUAAGAAGAAUAUGCUCCUUGCAUUUUGAAAAAGAAUGCAUAAACAGAACGCUGGAUGUAGUUCGGCUUAAGGAUGAUGUGGUUCCCACUCUUUUCCCAUUUACUACAUCAUCUUCAGUGCAAUCAAGAGUAAAACAAACAAGUUCUGUAAACACAGCAUUGAAGGUGGUUCAGCUUAAUGAUAAUGUAGUUCCUGCUCUUUUUCCUCAUAUACCAAUUGAUAUAGAUGCUCCCAUCUACACAGAACGGGUGCAACCAACAAAUAAAGUAGAUUUAUCUGAAAAUACAGGAGAUAUGUCUAUGGUUUUUGCUGAUAAAACAGCAGUUAAAAUGCAAGAAUUACAAAAACAAGUGCUGCUACAGCGAAAGAAAAUAAAAUUACUAAACCAAAAGUGCCGAAGACUGAAGCAAAAGGUACACACUUAUAAAAAUAUAAUAGACGAAUUGAAAAAACAAAAUUUUGUUCCUCACGAAGGUGCUAUUUUAUUGGAAGAAUGA